AUGCCACCAAACAGUGCUCAUGGAAAGCUAGACAGUGAGGAGACGAAUGCCGCGGCGUGGCAAGCUACAAGAGGUGCUGUUACAGGAGCAGCAAGGUGGGGCAUCUAUUCAGCAGUCGCAGCUGGCAUUGCAUAUGCUUAUUCACCAGUAUACCGAGGCUUGACGGUACAAUUCAAAGUCAAAACCUUCUUGUACAUUCGCCGUGACCACAACGAUCUAGAAAGUUCUUUCUUCUUGAUUUUCUUCAUCGAGAGACUAUACAUGAACUCACGCCAUUGCAGUUUCCUCCAAAUGUCCGGCAUGAUCUUUGGAAGUGUUAUAGAAGCAGACGAACGAUUGCGUAUCUAUGGUGAGCGGUCACGGCGCCAGAAAGUCAUGGCUCGUGAUGCUGCUGUAUGGAGAAAGUACGAAGAAGAGUUCGAGAGUUUGGGCAUUCCGGGUGUCGCUAGCGAGGCUAGAGCAAAGAGAGAACAACAGCAGGAGAAAUGA